AUGAAUCCUGCUGUGUUGUUUGAAUCUUCGUUCGAUAUUUUGUACCUCUCUACGAUUCUGAUCCUGGGUUUCCGAAUGCUUCUUCGUAAAUCCCCUAAUAAGGAAUAUCGACUUUUUUCUUAUAUGUGCUUAAUCCUUGGUUUCGGAGACUGCUUCCAUCUUCUCCCUCGCGCUUAUGGGCUUAAUAUGGGUAAAACAGAAGCAGUGGUUGCUGCAAUCGGAAUUGGUAAUGCAGUGAGCUCCAUCGGCAUGGCCAUAUUCUAUGUCAUUAUGUUUGAGCUUAUCUCGCUGCAUUAUAAACAAAACCUCAAUGAACUGCGCUGGGCUACAUAUAUUUUAUUCGCAUUACGUGUUAUCUUUGUAUUGCUACCUCAAAACGACUGGAUUCACAACACUCAUAAUCCGCUUAUGAGCUGGCUUCGGAAUAUCCCCUUUAUUCUUAUUGGGGUUAUUGUCGAUGUUUUGCUUUUCCGGUACUCGAGGAAGGAAGCUGACGAUCCUUUUAGAGGAAUAUGGUUCUGGGUGUUGGUGUCUUUUGGAUGCUACAUGCCCGUGGCGUUGAUUCAUUUAGGGGGAAUGAAGGAUGCUUUGUUGAUGAUUGUAAAGACGAUUGCUUAUGUGAUGAUUGUGGUUUUGGGUUACAUGAGAAUCCCUUGUGAUAUAAAGAGAGAUUAG